AUGCCUGACCUCAUCGACGCCCAGCUUCUUUGCCUAAACGUACCACCAAAUCAUCUCAGGGGUGCCAUUCGUAUGAUUACGCAUAGAUUAGCACUUCUAGCCGAGAACCCCUCUACCGCUGUUUCCCGCGACGUCUUUCCAGAAAAGAAUUCCUGGCAACAGGCUCUUCAUAAUUUCAUCGAAAUGGGGUCCUAAUAUGCGAGCGCAUCAUGGUGGGCUCCCAAUGGUGAAAUACUGACAGAUAUUCCCGAGUAUCAUUAAUGGGUUGGAGAUGUGGACAGAAUUUUGCCGCUUGUUCAAGAAACUCACAGCGCAUGUCGAUUUCCAAAUUCUUUGGGAUAUCUUCGAGGAUACGGAUUCGCCAGACGAACUCUUCUCGAGAAAGCUAUUCUCGCAAGAUAACUUGAUGGAGCUGUUCGAUCGUGGCCCACGUAGCCCCCUGAGUCUCGCUUCCCUCACGCUAAAUUAG